AUGUCAGACACGCCCAUGGACACCAGCUCGGAGAUCACCAUAAACGUGGUCACCUUCGACCUCGAGCUCUCUAUAAGUAACCAAGUCAGAGGAUUAUAUGACUUUUAUCUGCCUAGAGAAGAACUAUGGAUCUACAACAUGGAGACUGGAAGAUGGAAGAAAAUGAACACUGAAGGUGAUGUUCCUCCUUCCAUGUCAGGAAGCUGUGCCGUGUGUGUAGACAGGAUGCUGUACUUGUUCGGAGGACACCACUCACGAGGCAAUACGAAUAAGUUCUACAUGCUGGAUUUAAGGUCUACAGACAGAGUAUUACAUUGGGAAAGAAUUGAUUGCCAAGGAAUUCCUCCAUCAUCAAAGGAUAAACUUGGUGUCUGGGUAUAUAAAAACAGGUUAAUAUUUUUUGGAGGGUAUGGAUAUUUACCUGAAGAUAAAGUAUUGGGAACUUUUGAAUUUGAUGAAACAUCUUUUUGGAAUUCAAGUCACCCAAGAGGAUGGAAUGAUCAUGUACAUAUUUUAGACACUGAAACAUUUAUCUGGAGUCAGCCUAUAACUACUGGUAAAGCACCUUCACCUCGUGCUGCCCAUGCCUGUGCAACAGUUGGAAACAAGGGCUUUGUGUUUGGAGGCAGAUAUCGGGAUGCUAGAAUGAAUGAUCUUCACUAUCUUAAUCUGGAUACAUGGGAGUGGAAUGAAUUAAUUCCACAAGGCAUGUGCCCAGUUGGCCGAUCUUGGCACUCACUGACACCAGUUUCUUCAGAUCAUCUCUUUCUCUUUGGAGGAUUUACUACUGAUAAACAGCCACUAAGUGAUGCCUGGACUUACUGUAUCAGUAAAAAUGAAUGGUUACAGUUUAAUCAUCCCUACACUGACAAACCAAGGUAUGAACUAUUUAAAAAGGUAAUUCUCUUGCAGGCUUAGUCCCCAGUGUGGGGCAUGCAGGAGGCAGCCAAUCGACG